CAUUCCCAUCCCAUCGCCCUCUUUCGCUCGCAUCCUCCCAUUACCCAUUUCCCAUCAUCACCUCCUCCACCACCUCCGCCGUUCCUCGAUUCCCGGCCCCCCGCUGCGCUUCUCGUCUGCGUCUGCGUCUGCCGCCUCUCGUCGUCGUCUUCAACCCGCCGUUUCUCCGCCGCCGCCCCGUCGUUGCGUGCAUCGUUGCGACCUGCGUCUUCCCGUUCCGGCCACCACCUCCUCGCCUUGGAAGCGGGGAGCCCGUGUCUGGUCUUUUGGGCCGCCGCCCGUGCACAGCCUCAACCUCCCUCAGCGUCUUUCCGGGGGCGUCGUCAACCUCGCCAUUUGAACUUCUUUCGAGCUGGUUCUUAAAUCUCCCAGCUCUCCCCUGGUGCUUCCGUUUACACCUUCGGCCCCGACUGCGCGCGGCCUGUCCCACCAGAUACUCUCCUGCGUCGUGGUGUUUUAGUCACUCGCUGCGCUGCGCAAGAGGCGAGACAUCAUGAGCAAUCGCACCGACGCUGGGCAGCCCAACAAGCCCAACCUUCGGGUUACCAUCAUUGCUGCCGAUGGCCUCUAUAAGCGAGAUGUCUUCCGUUUUCCCGACCCCUUCGCUGUCGCGACCAUCAACGGCGAGCAGACCAAGACAACUACGGUCAGCAAGCGAACUCUGAACCCAUACUGGAACGAAAGCUUUGACUUCCGUACAAACGAAGAUGGUAUCCUCGCGGUGCAAGUAUUUGACCAGAAGAAGUUUAAGAAGAAGGAUCAGGGUUUCCUGGGCGUCAUUAACAUCCGUGUCGGAGAUGUCAUGCCCGAGAUCGGGGCGGACGCUGAUGAUCAGAUGCUUACACGGGACCUCAAGAAGUCAACCGACAACCUCGUCGUCCACGGAAAACUCAUCAUCAACCUUUCUUGUAACCUCGCUGCUCCAGUUAGAGGCGGCCAAGCAUCGUCGUCGAGUCGUCCCUCGUUAGGUACCGGUCCCUCCAACAUGUCGACACUUUCAGCACCUGCGGGAGACCGCCCUGGCUCCUCCAUGUCAGGACCCAACGGCGCUGGUGGAUCGCAGGUUACCCUGCCGCACCGUCCCUCCAGUAUCAACUCAGCCGGCGGUGCUGCGAACCCCCCUGGUAUUAAUGGUUCCUCGCAAAACCGCCAGUCUAGUCAGCUUAGCCCAUUCGAGGAUGCCCAAGGACGCUUGCCAGCUGGGUGGGAAAGACGGGAGGAUAAUCUGGGUCGCACAUACUAUGUCGACCAUAACACGCGAACCACCAACUGGAACCGCCCUACCGCGGGCGGUGCCGCCGAAUCACGGAACGAUAGAGAGGCGGCGACUCAAGUCGAGCGACAGAGACAUCAGAACCGAACGCUGCCCGAAGACCGGACUGGAUCUAGUUCACCGACAAUGCAUCAACAGCAACCCCAGCAACCAUCUGGGUCUCCCCCCCCUGCUAAUAACGCCAUGAUGCAUACCGGUGCUACGAGCCCGGGCACGGGCGAACUCCCUCCUGGCUGGGAGCAGCGGUGGACACCAGAAGGCCGCCCUUACUUUGUGGACCACAACACACGAACGACGACCUGGGUUGACCCUCGUCGACAGCAGUAUAUCCGCAUGUAUGGCGGCCAGAACAGCGCCAACGGCCAGAUUCAGCAGCAGCCCGUUUCCCAGCUCGGUCCUCUUCCCAGCGGUUGGGAGAUGCGUCUCACCAACACUGCCCGUGUUUACUUCGUCGACCACAACACGAAGACCACCACUUGGGACGAUCCUCGACUACCCUCUUCGUUGGAUCAGAACGUACCCCAGUACAAGCGAGAUUUCCGCCGAAAGCUCAUUUACUUCCGAUCUCAACCCGCUAUGCGUAUUCUCAGCGGACAGUGCCACAUCAAGGUUCGGCGAUCACACAUUUUCGAAGACUCUUUCGCAGAGAUUACUCGCCAGUCGGCUACGGAUUUGAAGAAGCGACUUAUGAUCAAAUUCGACGGCGAGGAUGGUCUCGAUUAUGGUGGUCUCUCCCGAGAAUUCUUCUUCCUCCUCUCCCACGAAAUGUUCAACCCCUUCUACUGCCUGUUUGAGUACUCGGCCCACGACAACUACACCCUCCAGAUCAACCCCCACUCUGGAAUCAACCCCGAGCAUCUCAACUACUUCAAGUUUAUUGGACGAGUUGUUGGUUUGGCCAUCUUCCACCGACGUUUCCUGGAUGCAUUCUUCAUCGGUGCGUUGUACAAGAUGAUGCUUGGAAAGGCGGUCGCCUUGGCGGAUAUGGAGGGUGUGGAUGCCGACUUCCAUCGAUCAUUGCAGUGGAUGUUGGACAAUGACAUUUCAGGCGGAAUUCUGGAGCAGACGUUCUCGACCGAGGAUGAGCGUUUCGGAGUUCUGACUACUGAGGAUCUCAUCCCCGACGGUCGAAACAUCGAUGUGACGAACGAGAACAAGAAGGAGUAUGUUGACCUCAUGGUCAAGUGGCGCAUUGAGAAGCGCAUCGCAGAGCAGUUCCAGGCCUUCAAGGAGGGGUUCCAGGAGCUCAUCCCUCAUGAGCUUAUCAACGUCUUCGACGAGCGCGAGCUAGAGUUGCUCAUUGGUGGUAUUGCCGAGAUCGAUGUCGACGACUGGAAGAAGCACACCGACUACCGUGGAUACACCGAGUCCGAUGAGGUCGUACAGAACUUUUGGUCGACGGUUCGGUCGUGGGAUGGCGAGCAGAAGUCUCGACUACUGCAAUUCACGACAGGAACCUCCCGAAUCCCCGUCAACGGAUUCAAGGAUCUCCAGGGAAGUGAUGGUCCUCGACGAUUUACCAUCGAGAAGGCAGGCGAGAUUAACAACUUGCCCAAGGCGCACACCUGCUUUAACCGACUUGACCUGCCUCCUUACAAGAAUAUGGAGAUGCUCCAAGGGAAGCUUACGAUUGCUGUGGAGGAGACCAUGGGCUUCGGCCAGGAGUAGACGACGAAGGUGUACCACUCUAGCGGGGAUGGCGAGGUCGAGCUCCCACCUGACAGCUGUGUAUUCUUCUGAGAGUCCGACCUCUCUCCCCACCC